UAUCAGCCACGAUAAAAUUAUUUUACUAAUGUUUGGAUUCUCCUGCAACGUGAGCUUACAAAUUAUUUCCGCUUAAUGUACUAUGCAUUCUAAACAGCUGAUCGAAAGGCUUCGUGGACGCGGCCCUGAAAUGGGGAGAUAAAAUAACGCGAAGCAGAUGCGCAUGCCAGCCACGAAACGCGUAGAGGGAUAAUCUUCGGUCGAAGGUGGGACUGAAAGGGAUACUGCAAAAAUGUCGAUUAACGCUGCGAAAGCUGUUCUCAAACCUGACUCUGUAGCAUUGUUAAUUUGCGACGUCCAGCAAAAGUUCGCUAAGGUCAUUUAUGAGUUUGACAAGAUGCUCUGCAAUUCUACAAAACUGGUCGGUGCAUUGAAACUCCUGGACAUUCCAAUACUGAUAACGGAGCAGUAUCCAAAAGCUUUAGGACACACUGUUCCUGAAUUGGCAGGUUGUGCUACGAAUGGACCGUUUCAUAAAACUCAGUUUAGCAUGUACACAAAAGAGGUAUGCACGGAGCUCUCGAAGAUCUGUUGCGGGAAACCUCCAGAGUCUAUAAUACUUAUUGGUAUCGAGGCUCAUGUGUGCGUAGAAAACACUGCAAUUGAUUUAAAGAAUAAUGGCUUUGAAGUGCAUACCGUAGCAGAUUGUUGUUCGUCUCGCUCCCAAGAGGAUAGACUGCUGGCAUUUCAAAGAAUGCACCAAUUUGGUUGUCAGAUAACGACUUCAGAAAAUGUGAUAUUUAAAUUAUUGAAAGAUUCAAAGCACCAACACUUCAAGGAAAUACAAAAAUUAAUACAGUCUCCUUCUCAAUAUACAGGAUUGGCAACGCUUUCGAAGAUAUAAUCGUUGAAUGUAUUUUCAUACUGAUAGUUGUUAUAUAUUUUGUAACCAAGAUUUUACCAAUAAAUCAAAGAUAUCCUGAUGAUUAUAAAUAAAUACUUUGUAAUAUAAACAUA